ACAGGGUGUGUGUUCUCCGGCGCUCGGAAAGUAGAGCAGCAAGGGCCUGGAAGAGCCCUCUCCUUCGCGAGACGCGAGAGUAUAAAGCAGAGCAGUCGCCCUCGCUCUUCUCCUGGGGGCUCGAGAUCCUCAAAUCACCGUAGUGUUUCUCUCUCUCUCCUCUCUGGCUCUGGCUUCUCUUCAGGGAAGAAGGAGCGGAAUUCCGUCCCCGCUUCCGACCUAGGUUCUCCACGAUCCCAUCAUGUACCGUGCCGCAGAUUCCCAUCUCAAAGCUCUCAAGCUUCAUUUGAUAUCUCAGCACGAGAUUGUUGCCGCAAUUAGUCAUAACAAAAUCACCACUCAGAUUGUUGUUUUAGGAGUACGAUUCAACGAAACCAGUGCUUAUGGUCUGAUUGCCAUUCAUUUGAUAUGUCAUCACCAGGCAGGUGAUGCCAGGAUUUUUUCUGCUGCCGCUAGAUUUGCCAGCACUAGCGUUGCGAAAAGGUCUUCUGGUGGUUUCUUUAGUGGCUAACAGGUGGGCAGUCCGGUCAACUUCCUCCUCUAGAUACUCCGCUUCCAGGUGUUACACUUCGUCCUCCCCUGCCCGAUUAUGUAGAGCCAGGCAAGACGAAGAUAACGACUCUUCAAAAUGGUGUUAGAAUUGCCUCUGAAACAUUCUCUCUUUCAGAAUUGUCGAUUGAAUUGUUUUCUACUAUAUCUAUGAAUUUAUUUGGAUUUAUUGGCAAAAGCGCAGCUGCUUCAAUAGGGCUACGUGAGGACCUAUGCGGACAUGUAUUUAGUCCUACAUUGGUUGUUUGCUGGAAAAAACUUAGGCUACUUGUACAGCAUUGAGGAACCCAAAUAAUAUCUUCCGAUUAAUUUUUGGAUGAGGUCCUGAGUUGUUAGAAUUGGUAUCAGAAUUGAUCCAGCCCAUAACUCAUGUGGACUAGGGCAUACUAUAGCAUGGAUUCAUUAGGAUUGACCAUGAGCCCAUCUUGGAAUUUAUAAAUUAAUGUAUGGAUUUAAAUCCUUAGCAUGAUGAGGACGUCAGGGCUUAAAUAGGGAGAAUAUAUGAGGACUCAUGCGGACAUGUAUUUAGUUCUAUAUCGAUUAUUCACUGAAAAAAUCUUGGGUACUUAUACAAGACCAAGAAAUCUAAAUAAUAUCUCUGACUAGUCUUUUUGGAUGAGGUCCUGUAUCCCAAAUAAUACCUUUCGACUAGUGGAUCCAGCUUAUAACUCAUAUUGGACCAAGAGGAUAUUAUAGCAUGGGUUCAUUAGGUUGGGCACAGGCUGAUCGUGGUAUUUAUGAAUGGAUGCAUAAAUUUGAACCUUUAGCCUGGCGAAGAUGUCAAGACUUAAAUAGAGGGAGUAUGUGAGGAUCUGUAUGGGUGUGUAUUUAAUUUAACAUCGGUUAUUUAUUAAAAAAAUCUUGGAUACUUAUAUAAGACCGAGGAAUCUAAAUAAUACUUUCCAGUUAGUUUUUUUGGAUGAGAUCCUGGGUUGUUACAGGCUAUAUGUUGAUUGUGGUUCUGUAUAUGAGACUUGUGCUUUGUUUGGGGCUACACACCUGUUAGAGUAGAUGGCCUUCAAACCACAACAAAUAGGAACCAUUUGCGCAUUGUAUGUGAAAUAGAGGCUAUCGGAGGAAGUGUCACGGCAUUAGCUUCCCAUGAACAAAUGGGCUAUACUUAUGAUGCUCUGAAACUUGCAUGCCCGAAAUGGUUGAGGUGCUUAUUGAUUGUCAGAAAUGCUGUUUCCCUUGAUUGGGAAGUUAAUGAACAGCUGAAGAAAAUAAAGGCAGAGCUAGGAGAAGCUUCUAAUAAUCCACAGGGUUUGCUUUUGGAGGCUAUUCAUUCUGCUGGCUGUUCUGGUGCAUUGCCAAAUCCAUUGAUUGCUCCGGAAUCUGCAAUAAAUAGGUUGAAUGGCACCAUUCUACAGGAAUUUGUUGGUGUAAGAUCAAGUACUGGCCUUGUAAUAGUAUGUUAUUCUUUUGUUGCGGUUGUCUCAAUAGACUGUUUUCAAGACAACCACACUGCUUCUCGAUGGUACUUCUGGCAUCUGGUGUGGAACAUGAGGAAUUGGUAUCAGUUACUGAACCACUAUUGUCCAACUUUCCCAAAGUGUCGCAUCCUGAAGAGCCAAAAUCUGUGUAUGUUGGAGGAGACCAUAGAUGCCAAGCGGAUCCAUCGGUGUGUAUUAAGAGUGCAGAACUAGUUCUGUUCAGUCAUUUAUCAUAUGGUUUGGCUGAUUAUUAUCUUGUUACUUUGCAUCUUUCUGAACUUCAUUUUGACAACAAAAGACAUAUGUUGCCCUUGCAUUUGAGGUUCCUGGUGGAUGGCAUAAAGACAAGGAAGCCAUGACACUCACAGUACUUCAGGUUCACGGAAAAACUUAUCUGACAAGCAGCUCAUUAGUUUUAGGAUCAGGCAUCAUGUGAUUCUGUUGGUUAUUUGCUCAUGGUCUUCCAAAAAGUAUCACCUGAAAUGAUGCCAUAUCUUCCGGAUGCUUAUGGGAGGCAUUGGUUCAUUCUCUACUGGAGGACUGGGGAAAGGGAUGCAUUCUCAUCUUUAUCUACGUGUCUUAAAUGAGUUCCCACAGAUUCAGUUGUCUUCUUCGUUCAGCAAUAUCUACAAUCAUACGGGCCUUUUUGGAAUUUAUGCAACUGGUUCAGAUUUUGUUUCUAAAGCUGUUGAUUUGGCAGGCAGAGAGCUUCUUGCAGUUGCGACUCCUGGAGAACGUUUGCUGUUUCUCUGUUUCUUAUUAGACUAUUUUUCAAUUGGAUUCAGAUUUUGUGAAUUCUUUGAUUCUUUCCUUUUUUUCACAGUUGAUCAGGUACAAUUAGAUCAUGAUAAAGAGUCAACCAAGUCUGCAGUUUUAAUGAAUCUGGAAUCAUGGGUAGUAGCAUCCAAAGAUAUUGGAUGGCAAAUUUUGACACACGGAGAAAGUUGUCCACGUCCGCAGCUAUGAUGCUGUCAGCUGAAAGUUAACGAGUUUUUUCAUCUCCGAUGACUUAAAAUGUCUUUUCUGGCAAACCUCAAUAUUCAUAUCUGCUGCUCGCGGGUCAUGGAUAUAGCUGCAGAAAAUAAGAAAUCAAUGUGCUUGAAAGAAAAAUCCUUUCGGCUCUGUAAUUUGGUGACCAAUAACUGUUGGAAGACGUGUUUUCUUUAUUUCACGUUGGAAGUUCAAUUUGGUGACCCAUCACAAACCGUGAAGCAGGGGAAGCGGAGAACAGCCUACGGUCAAUGGAAUGGCUUCGUUUUAGAGCUACUUGCAAGUUGCAUUGGUCAGUGGUACUAAAUUCUCUGCAGAUUCUUUGAUACUCUAGCAGGGCAGAUCAACUUCCUUACCGUAUCAAAAACAAUUUAGCAUGCAUUAUUUA